GGAGAUAGGAACGACGUGAGCAGUAGCAAGAUGCGGACAUUUCUAGCACUAUUAUUGUGCAUCUCCCCUUCCGAGGGUUUCUUCCUCAACGAUGACCGAUGUUUCGGUGUGUGCAGUUGCUACAGCAACAUAGAUUGUGAUAGAAAACAAUUAACAGCUGUUCCAACCUUUGAUCUUCCAGUCUUCCUGCUUAACAAGGACUACACACAUAUGCAAACAAGUCUAGGACUAAAUGACAACAAUAUAACAUCGAUUCCAUUUGGAGCGUUUCAUAACAUCAGUAAAUUAAAUAUGCCACUUUUAUCGAUAUACCUUGGUUCAAACAAUAUAUCAAUUAUACACAAUGGAGCAUUCACGGGCCUGGAAUCGAUUGACGACGUCGGCAUAUACCUGGAUCAUAAUCAGCUUACAACAAUUCCGCUUGACCUCACCCGAAUGACGAACCUAUUUGCUCUAGAUUUACGCUAUAACCCGAUUCAAACAGUGUCAGGUCCUGUUAUUGCUGCAAUGUUUGCAAGCAACGAAAUAACAAGACUCUCUUUGAGUUCCUAUGAAAUGCUAAAGAAGGUUAUGGAGGUUCAAGAUAAUUCACUUGAGUAUUUGGUAUUAGACGGAAUGACAACAAGAAAAAUGGACCCAGGUCUCUUUCAGAGGAGCAAAACUGUUCCUCUCAGUUCAAUAACAAUAGAAAAAUCAUCUUUUGAUAAUGUGACGGAAGUCCUGUGCAAUUUGGAUUUAAACUCACUUACUAUCUCUGGAUGCCCAAAUUUAGGCGAUAACGUUUUACAAGGCUGUCCGCAAACAUCUCUCUGGCGGUUGACCAUUUAUGAAAGUAACCUUACCAAUGCAUGGACUCCCUCGGCCCUAUACAACUCUCCCAUACGUUAUCUUACAGUUUUGGGUAAAUUUGACCGUGUUCCAACUUCCGUGUUUCGGCAUUGGCCAAAUCUACAGAGUCUUACAGUCGGGUCGAAUAUUACAAUCAUCGAGAAGUCUGAUUUUGAAGGAUUGCGGGAGCUGCAUGACCUGAAUUUGCGGGCCAAUCCUAUUCACUUAAUUGCUGACCAAGCUUUUGCGACCAAUACCAAAUUGGCUGAUCUGCAUCUCCAUUACAACAACGAUAUCCAUUUGACUAGCAUACCUUCAAGCUUGCAAAACCUGACAAGCCUUUCUUUUGUCGAACUACCAAAUAUGAAAUGUACCUGCACAGCAAUGGGAGGAGUAAAGGGAUGGCACGCGGAUUACGUUUCCGGACAGUGUACUAAUAUCCAUAUGGGGAUCGGAACCUACAUCGAAACCAAGUUAACACUUUGUCCAUGAUCAACAAAAGAAAGUGAACGUUAGGAAAAAGUGACCUUUCUAAUGAUAAAGUAAAAUUGAAGUGGCCAAGUACAAAUUUAAUACGAAAAUGGUUAUCCUCGAGCGUUCAUUUCCAAACAUUUGCAAUUAUUAUUUACCAAUUACCACUGAUAUCAUUUGGUCAUUUAGACGUAAGUGUUGUCUUUCAAACGCAUCACAUCAUACUACCACUGUAUAUCCAUAAGAUCUUAACGUACAACUUUAAUUCGAAACAAAGUAAUAGUUAUAGUAAUUCGAUGAUUGGACAAUUGAUUUAUGUUAGAGGGGAAGUGGGAAUUUGUUUUCAUUUUUUGUGUCAUAUCUGUGGUGACAAUCAAAUUCAACGUUUGUAUGAAGACAUAAGCCAAUAUGAAUCAGAAGAAGCUGCCACGUGAUCAAGGAAGAAAUGGGUGGGGACGGUAUAUGCAAAAUCCAACGAUGGCACUAUACUAUGCAAAAAUAUCCACGUUCAUGACUCAUUUCUUGACCGCGUGACAUCUAUAAUAUGUUUAAAUUUUACAUGUUGGUGAUGGUGAUGGAUGCUAACAUUUAUUGUUUUAUUAAUUACAUUUGGAUAUGGCUAUAAAUUUUAUAAUCUUAUGGAAAUAAAUGGUCAAUUGUU